AUUGCCCCCAGGAGGUCGGGCAAUGCUGCAGGGACAUGCCAAAAAUCACACAAACAAACUUGGGAAGGCGCAUGGAAACAGCUUGGAACAGACACUGUGGAACUAUUCUACAAACUUCUCUCACCAUUACCGUUUUGCAACAAACUAGUUCAACGGUACAGGUACACGGCAUACAGCCAGUUCGUCUGGUGGAUUUGGGGACGACUGGGCAGGUUUCGCCGCGUCAGGCUCCCGUGCUGUGUGGUGGCCAGGAUAAGAAAAGAAUUCCUAUCGACCACAUACACGGGCUUCCACUAUGCUUGAUCGAACCGGGUCCUGUGGGCCAACACCGCUGCUUCCUUGUCUGGCCUUUGUGCAACGCUGCACAGAGGUGGUCGACGAGGACGUGGCCCGUUCGCAGCCACAGCCUGCUGGUAGGCCCGGGAAGCCUUGGCCAACUCCAGGCAGGAAUUGAGGAACCUCUGGACGUAGUCUGA